CUUCUAUUACAUAGCUUGGAGUUUAAUGUUCUAAAAGAGCGAAUGAGUCGAGUGUGUAUUGUUGUUUUGGAGGAGAUAGAAGAUGAUUCUCCUGUAUUCAUUUCUGAGUUGCCCCAGGAAAGUAAAUCUCUACAUUCUCCACCCUCUGGAAAUGUAUUGCCAUCACUGGUGCAAGCUAUAUUUAAUGGUGAUCCAGAUGAAGUUCGAGCACUAAUAUUUAAGAAAGAAGACGUUAACUUUCAGGAUAAUGAAAAGAGAACUCCUUUACAUGCUGCUGCCUAUCUUGGAGAUGCAGAAAUCAUUGAACUACUUAUUUUAUCUGGAGCUAGAGUUAAUGCCAAAGACAGCAAAUGGUUGACACCUUUACACAGAGCAGUUGCGUCAUGUAGUGAGGAAGCAGUUCAGAUACUUUUGAAGCAUUCUGCCGAUGUUAAUGCUCGAGACAAAAAUUGGCAGACCCCCUUACAUAUAGCUGCUGCUAAUAAAGCUGUAAAGUGUGCUGAGUCUUUGGUACCUCUUCUGAGUAAUGUGAAUGUAUCGGAUCGAGCAGGGAGAACUGCAUUGCAUCAUGCAGCUUUCAGUGGGCAUGGUGAGAUGGUCAAACUGCUACUGUCUAGAGGUGCCAAUAUUAAUGCUUUUGACAAGAAAGAUAGGCGUGCCAUCCAUUGGGCAGCAUAUAUGGGUCACAUUGAAGUAGUGAAAUUACUUGUGUUUCAUGGAGCUGAAGUGACAUGCAAGGAUAAGAAGUCUUACACACCUCUUCAUGCAGCAGCCUCUAGUGGAAUGAUCAGUGUAGUCAAGUACCUUCUAGAUCUUGGAGUUGAUAUGAAUGAACCAAAUGCCUAUGGAAACACACCUCUUCAUGUCGCCUGCUAUAAUGGACAAGAUGUUGUUGUGAAUGAGCUCAUAGACUGUGGUGCUAAUGUGAAUCAGAAGAAUGAGAAAGGAUUCACUCCUUUGCACUUUGCUGCUGCAUCAACACAUGGAGCACUGUGUUUAGAACUCCUGGUUGGCAAUGGGGCUGACGUCAAUAUGAAGAGUAAAGAUGGGAAAACCCCACUACACAUGACUGCUCUGCACGGUAGAUUCUCCAGAUCACAAACCAUUAUCCAGAGUGGAGCUAUAAUUGACUGUGAAGAUAAGAAUGGAAACACCCCUUUGCACAUAGCAGCUCGGUAUGGCCAUGAACUGCUAAUCAACACUCUUAUUACUAGUGGUGCUGAUACUGCAAAGCGUGGUAUACAUGGAAUGUUUCCACUCCAUUUGGCAGCCUUAAGUGGUUUUUCGGACUGCUGUAGGAAACUUCUUUCUUCGGGAUUUGACAUAGAUACCCCAGAUGAUUUUGGCAGGACCUGUCUACAUGCAGCUGCAGCUGGAGGAAAUUUGGAAUGCCUAAACCUUCUGCUGAAUACUGGUGCCGACUUCAACAAAAAGGAUAAGUUUGGGAGAUCUCCACUGCACUAUGCUGCUGCCAAUUGCAAUUACCAGUGCCUGUUUGCUCUUGUGGGAUCAGGAGCAAGUGUGAAUGACCUUGAUGAAAGAGGCUGUACACCCCUGCACUAUGCAGCUACAUCAGACACAGAUGGCAAGUGCCUGGAAUACUUACUAAGAAAUGAUGCAAAUCCUGGGAUUCGGGACAAGCAAGGAUACAAUGCAGUUCAUUACUCAGCUGCAUAUGGUCACCGUCUGUGUCUUCAACUGAUUGCAAGUGAAACUCCUUUGGAUGUUUUAAUGGAAACGUCGGGAACAGACAUGCUGAGUGAUUCAGAUAAUAGAGCAACAAUAAGCCCUUUACAUUUGGCUGCCUAUCAUGGUCAUCACCAAGCCCUGGAAGUGUUGGUACAGUCUUUGUUAGAUCUUGAUGUAAGAAAUAGUAGUGGUAGAACACCCUUGGAUCUUGCUGCAUUUAAGGGCCAUGUUGAAUGUGUGGAUGUACUCAUUAAUCAGGGAGCUUCAAUCCUCGUAAAAGAUUACAUUUUGAAGAGAACACCUAUCCAUGCAGCAGCAACAAAUGGUCAUUCGGAAUGCUUACGAUUAUUAAUAGGAAAUGCAGAACCACAGAAUGCAGUAGAUAUUCAAGAUGGAAAUGGACAGACACCUCUUAUGCUGUCUGUUCUCAAUGGACACACGGAUUGUGUAUACUCACUACUGAACAAAGGAGCAAAUGUAGAUGCCAAAGAUAAGUGGGGAAGGACAGCAUUGCAUAGAGGGGCAGUUACAGGCCAUGAAGAAUGUGUAGAUGCAUUACUUCAACAUGGUGCUAAGUGCUUACUGCGGGACAGCAGGGGUCGGACACCUAUACACUUGUCAGCUGCCUGUGGACACAUUGGAGUUCUUGGAGCCCUUUUGCAGUCAGCAGCAUCCAUGGAUGCAAAUCCAGCCAUAGUAGACAAUCAUGGGUAUACAGCACUUCACUGGGCUUGCUACAAUGGUCAUGAGACGUGUGUGGAACUACUGUUAGAACAGGAUGUUUUCCAGAAAAUAGAUGGAAAUGCUUUCAGUCCGUUGCAUUGUGCUGUGAUCAAUGACAAUGAAGGUGCUGCUGAGAUGCUUAUCGAUACCUUAGGAGCCAGCAUUGUAAAUGCCACAGAUUCAAAGGGAAGAACUCCUCUCCAUGCUGCUGCCUUCACAGACCAUGUAGAGUGUUUACAGCUGCUGCUCAGCCAUAAUGCUCAAGUCAAUUCCGUGGAUUCUAGUGGAAAAACACCCCUCAUGAUGGCUGCAGAGAACGGACAAACCAAUACAGUUGAGAUGCUGGUUAGCAGUGCUAGUGCAGAUCUGACUUUACAAGAUAAGAGUAAAAACACCGCCCUUCACUUGGCUUGCGGCAAGGGUCAUGAAACUAGUGCCUUGUUAAUACUGGAAAAGAUAACAGAUAGAAACCUCAUCAAUGCAACCAAUGCAGCCUUGCAAACGCCUCUGCAUGUUGCUGCCCGAAAUGGGCUAACAAUGGUUGUUCAAGAGCUUCUGGGAAAAGGAGCAAGUGUACUUGCUGUUGAUGAAAAUGGCUAUACCCCAGCUUUGGCCUGUGCUCCCAAUAAGGAUGUCGCUGACUGCCUGGCUCUCAUUUUGGCCACCAUGAUGCCUGUCUCGUCAAGUAGCCCAUUGUCAUCCUUGACAUUCAAUGCCAUUAACCGUUAUACCAACACCUCAAAAACUGUUAGCUUUGAAGCCUUGCCUAUCAUGAGGAAUGAACCUAGCUCCUAUUGCAGUUUCAACAACAUUGGUGGGGAACAAGAGUAUUUGUACACUGAUGUGGACGAGCUCAACGACUCUGAUUCUGAGACCUACUGAAAGGCUGAGUUAGAGGUCUAAGGAAGUUCUGACACUGAAACUAAACCGGGCUUUUUCAGGAAAAAAGCACUUUUCUUACUCAUAUACAAAUUCAUCCUAAAGAAAGAUCACGCGUGAACGCAUAGAAGAAAUGUGAUGACAUUAGGAGGAAGAAUCUUAAAGGCAAGUUUUGCAAAAGGAACCUCUAGAAUCUUAAUAAUGACUUGACCAAUGGAAAAUGCAUUGAUGUUGAUUGUUUAAUUGGCUUUGCAGUGCCAGACAUUUGGGACACUGCCCCUGAUCUGCUUACACAGGCAGCACUGCUAUAAAAGGAGAUAAAGACACUAGGUUAAAUUUUACCCAUAAAAUUACAGAUAAAUUUAAAUGCAAUAAAAGUUUGGUAUGGUAGGCAUUAUGUACACACCAAAUUGCCAAAGGACCAAAUAAUGUAUGGAUUUUUUU